GGAUGAUGUUCGGGAAAUCGAACAUCGUCCGGCGGCGUCCGUUGGCGCAACGGGGGGCGCCGGGUCGAACUCCAGCGUGCCGUCGCUGCCAGUCCCGUCGGUCGGGGCAGCUGAUCGGGGGAAAGCCCCGAUGGAGCCCGCGGAGGAAGAUAGGUCGGGGAGCCGCUCAAUGCCUCCCAGCGCAUACUACCCCGAGGGUGCGUCGGCGUUGGCCGACCACAACCUUGCGAGGAAGUUGUGCCAAGGGAUCCUCCUCCCAGCCGACGUAGAGUCGCUGCGGUCUCGGCAGGUGGCCGAGAUGCUGUCGCGGUUCUACCCGACGAUGGUUGAGCUGAUCUUCACAAUGUCCGAACUCGAGGCCGGGUACCGAAGGUUCGGCAACGUUCAGGCGGCCUUCAAGGAGAAGUCGGCAGCGGCCGAGGCUGAGAGGGCAAUGUUGGUCGACCAACUCCAGCAGUCGGCCGACCGGGAGGCUAAGUUAAUCGACGAGGUCUCCCGGCUUGAGUCCGAACUCCGGUCGGCCAAGAAGGAGGCCAAGCACAAAGGUCGGGCCGUGCGUCGCCUUCGACGUGAACGAGAUGGCGCCGCUGCCGAACUCCAAGGGGAACGCGAGCAACUUCGGGGCAGCCUGGAGAAGCUCGCGGAAGCCGAAGAGGAGCUGUCCAUCACCCAGAUCGACGUCGAAAUGGCGAGGGUCGAGGCGGAGUCGGCGAAGCAGGAGCUCGCCCGUGCUGAGGACGAGGCAAGGUCGGCGAGGGAGUCGGCCGAUCGGGCAGUGGAGGACUUCCGAUCCUCCGACCAAUACCGGGAGGAGAUGCUCGAAUCGGGCUUCGCCUCAUACCGGGUCGGGUUCGAGGACGGUCGGGACGCCGUCCACGCCUUGUACCCGGAGCUGGACGUCAGCAGCGUCGUCCCGCCGCUAGCCGAGGAGGAAGGAGUCGAAGGAGAAGGAACGGAGGAGAUGGCCGACCAGCCAUCGGGAGGCGUCAUCGUGGUGGAGGAGGCCAUCCCGGAGCAGGUGCCGACCGAAGUUCCUUUGCCGACUGAAGCCCAUCCUUCGGCGGCCGACCCAGCGCCGCCUAUGGCCGAGACGCCGGUCAUCCCCGAUCCUCCGUUGGUCGAAGGGAUCGACUAGGACGGAUGAUCGGCCCUGCCGACCAUCUUUACUUUUUGUUUUUUUUUUGAAAAUACAUGUAAUCGGGCUUCGACCCGACUUUGUAAUUUCUUUUCAUCAAUGAAUGAAACUUUCUUCUUGUUCUUCUUGUUUG